AUGGACAGGAACUCUACAAUGUUAAGAAUGAAACGUAUAGUCAGGACAAUGAAUUGUUACCAACAAAUACAAUUCUCCAACAACCACAAUAUCCUCCUCGAUAUCGUACGCCAUUUAAAUGUAGAAGAUCAGGUGUCUAUGCCGACCGGGGAAGUUGUAACGACCCCACUUCCAACCGAGGGCGACUCCGGAAGCAAGGAAGACAGCAAGAGCAAAGAGAGUCAAGAAUCUGGAAGCAAAGAAGGUAGCGACAGCGGAGAGAGCAGCGGGGAAAUUGUAACGACCCCACUUCCAACUGAGGGCGACUCUGGAAGCAAGGAAGACAGCAAGAGCAAGGAGAGUCAAGAAUCUGGAAGCAAAGAAGGUAGCGACAGCGGAGAGGGCAGCGGGGAGGUUGUAACGACUCCAGUUCUUCCAACGGAAGAUUUCCCAGUUUCUACGGAGUUACCUACAUCAUCUACUAUUCCUACCGAAAUCGAUUGUCCUAUUGGAAAUUUGACUGCCGAUCAAAUAGUUUUAGUUUGUCCUACAGGUUUCCGACGUCAUCCAAAAUACUGCAAUGUUUUCUAUCAAUGUACAACAGUAAACAAGGUGGGCGUGAAAGUUGUCGUAUUUACCUGCCCAGAUGGCACAAUUUUUGAUGAGACAAAAAAACAAUGUGUGAAUGAAAAUAGCGUUUACCAAACGCGUCUUCCUGGAUAUUCCGAUUGUAUAAACUUCAUUUCUUAUGCUCAAGCUAUAUCAAAAUCAAUUCUGAAAGCUCCCACAAGAAAAUUAUGUCCAAGAACAGGUCGUUUUCCUUAUAAUAAGGGUUGUUCCAAUGCGUACUAUGAAUGCCACCGCGAUGCACAUGGUGCACUUCAAGGAUAUCUCUUUAAAUGUCCAAAUGGAGGGACAUUUUCAAGUGUUUCAAGACGUUGCGAACGUACUGAAUGUAAUUCAAUAUGCAACGUAUCUUGCAAACAGAGAAACAACACCAGCAUAGAUAUGAACAUACAGCACGCGCCAUCUAAAGGCGUGUAUGUUACUCAUCAAGAAAUGUUUUACGUUGGUCUUACAUCACCCCCGUCUUAUUCCCAAGAAGAUAAAGAUCAUCUCAAAGAGUGAUUUGAUUUCUGUAUGUACUUUUAUCAAUACAGUUAUACAAUAAAAUAA